AUGGAGAAUCUUCUCUUGUCACUGAAAAGCGUUGCUAUACCAUGGCUGAGCCCGGAACUCGCCACCUUUGCAAUGGAUAUGAUCCUUGCCAUUGUGGGUGGCGUGGGGCUCUACCUCCUGCUACUGCUACUUCCCUGCUUCAAGGAAAAUCCAUCCUCACCAACACCUGAGAGAAAGAACAAACUGACUCAGUAUCCUGUGGAGAAACGAGGCCAGAUCAAGUGCAAGAAGAAACGUGCUGCUCUGAAAGGUAGGCUCCGCACUUUCUCCCAAGGGGAUUUGAUCUCGGUCUCUGUCAGCAAGAGCCAGGCCACCAACGCCCUAGGGAAACUCGAUGACACUGGAAGCUUUCAGCGUUUCUUAAAAGGAGAUGCCUUAGGUGAAGUUUUCAACUCAGAAUCUGCUACAGCCCACCCGUCAUCGAGAGACUCUGAGGAGGACACUUUCUCCAGCACUGUGUCCCUGAAGGCUUCCCCAUCUCCUUCAUCCAGUGGCUUGCAGCCUCUGGCCUCUACCUUGUCACCAGUCCACAUGAGCUCCUCAGUUUCUGUUGAGUCACACACAUCCCAGAGUGUGUUUCAGCCUCCGGAGCCGUCGAUUGCUCUAGGAGAAGAGUCUUUUCCCUGUUCUCAUUUUCCUCCACCUGUGGCCUGCACUCCACCCAGGCACGACUCACACUCGGGUCUUCCCCCAUGUGACAUCAGGGAAGACCCUCCAGAAACCACCCCACAGAGCUCUCCAACCAACAGCUCUAGGGUGCCUUCUCCUAUCCCAGCCCUCAACUCUGAUCUCCUGGAUUUGUCAGACAGAGUGCUUAGUAAGAGGGCAAAGCUGAAAUCAGCUUGUCAGGAGAAAGAACACCCUCUGGAUUCUCAGGGGAACAUGAUGAAGUCACUGGGCAGUGCACAAGACACUGCCAUCCCUCAGCCCCUCUGGAACACCGAGGGAAAACCACAGCAGCUUCCUGAUUCUCAGGAACUGCUUUUCCCCAUGGUCUUGCAGAAAUGCUGCCAACUGUUCUGGGGCCUUCCCUUCCUGCACAGCGAGUCCCUGGUGGCUCCUGUCCAAAUGUCUGGUCAUCCACUAGACUUACCCUUUGUUUUAUUCAAUAGUUUCCUGCACUUAAUGCCGGUACAAGUCCAAGCUAAAGUACCUCCAACGUACUUUCUACCACAGCACUUACUGCACCAUUUGGUCAAAUCACAACCCUUCACUCCACCCUUAUCCUGGCCUCAGCCUUCCCCAGUGGCUGAGAUCCAGACCAAUGCCCAUGACACGUUCUGUACACCAAUACAAUCCUGUCCUUCACCUCCAGUGAGGUCCUGUACUAUCCCACCUGUUGUUCAACAAUUAGACCAUCAUCUCAAGAAGAAACAUCUACAAUGUCAAAGAAUUUUACCCUCUGUGGUCAAACAGUCUCACAAAACCUUUAGUCAAGAUCAGGGCACCUGGAACCAGACAGGCUUUAGCGAUGAAUUAAGUGAUUUUAUUAGCCUUGAGAUGAGGAAAAAGCUGGAACAUCACCUCCAAGAGAGGAUCCUACAGCAGCUAUGUAAAACAAAUCACAAGAUCCAGCUGUCACCUAAGAAUUUGACAGGAACAGAUCAGACAGACCACAAACAUGCAUUUUUACAAAACUCUACAUCUGUAGAGAAUUGUUACCGGAAUAUUCAGAAAACAACCCCAGAGUGUCCAGUACCCCAAGGAUGGAAGAACUCUAGAGCAGAUCUGCAAUUCUCUAUGAGCAGAGUAGUGAGAGCUCUAGACAGGGAUGCAGAAAGCUCCUCAGGGGAUUUUCUAGAGGCCAAAACACAGAAAAUAUUAGAAAGCAACAUGAAGAAACCAAGUAGUGAUUCAGGAUAUUUUCCCCCAACUCAUUCAAAUAAGAACUAUCUAGGAGAAACCCCAAUAGCCCAUCUCAUCACUAAAUGGGAGCAGAUCAGUAGGGACAAGGUCCCCAUGCAUGUUAGUCAUUACCGAGGCAACACAAAUCAUGCCUUGCCCGCCCGUGAUAACUCCAACUCUAACAAGAACACUGGCGGAGAACCACCCUUAAAGACCAGGGAAACCUGCAAGAGCUCCUCCCAGGAGGUUUCCCACAUUGAUGCUGCCACUCGACAGCUGCUAGAUGUGCAUAUCAAGAAGCUUUGGGCAAAGCACCAGUGGGGCUUGUGCCUAAAAAUUCUCAAACCGAUGAACAUCCUUACUCUGAAAAAGGCUCCCCCUGUGCCAACUUCACAGGGAGCUUCACCCUACAUGGCCUGUAGUAACUUCAAGGCCUAUCACACAGUGAAGGAGGGUGCAUGCCAGGGAGCAGCCCUUCCCAAAGAACAAAAGAUCAAAGAAAGAGAAAAAACUGAAGGCCAUGCCUUACAACCUUCUCAACCACCUUCACAACCUGAAACCCCGAGGGGAACACAGUAUAAUAACUGUGGUCCCUUGGAGGUCUCUCCUAGUGGAGAGAAAGGUAGACUGCUUUCUGAGACUCCAUCUUGUAUCUUACUAGGAAGAAAGUGGCACCAUAACAUUGUGCCAGGAUCAGAAGAAAGCAGUUUAGAAACAACAAAUAGCCCAGAAAUGGGCAUGUCUGCAACACAAGAGAAAGAAAACGUCUGCCACAGUGUGUCCAUCCAAGAACUACUGAGGACCACUGAAACACCAUUCCCCUCCAGAAUUUCAGUUUCCAAUGACCCACUUGAUUCAUGCCUUAAAGAACACGCAGGGUCAACCAGUACAAGCGAAAGCACCCCUUUUGAUGAUAUCCUAAAGGACUGCAAUGCUGACCCAUUCCUGCUAAGUGGUGCCCCCAAGAUGCUGAUUGCUGAUGACAUGACCACCAAAGAAUUAAAACAGGUAAAGUAUGUCUUUCAGCACGAUGGGAACAAUGAGGGACAGAUGUAUCUGGAACUUCUAUUUGGUGAGCUGCAGGUAUCUGUGGACUGGGGAGAGAAAGGCUUAGUGACAAGUAUGUCUGGUUCUUUUUGGGCCAGGGAUUCAUUGGCCUAUAAAUAA